AUGGCUGCGAACCAAGAUUAUGGAUCUUCGUUAGCAAAUGCGUUCACAAAUGGAAUGAAUGAUAGGAGUAAGCCUUACCGAGCACUUCUCAAGAUGUACAGGGAGUACCAUGAAGCCGUCGUUGCAAGGCACAAUGCAGAGGUCGAAGUCUAUCGCAUUUUAGGUAAACUCGAACUCUUGGAAGAUCUCUUCAACGACUAA